AUGAUCGGAACAGGGCGGACACACGUCGAUAUUAUGGGGAAGAUUUGCGACGUGAUGAGCAUAAUAACGCCAGCUGGUCGAGCAGAAGGGUGGUGGUGCUGCUACUGCUCAUUGCCGACGGGCUUAAUGCAGGCACAGGCACACAUGACGGAGGCGUUGCAGGGGUCGCAGGGCAGCGCUCGAUCCAAUGUUGCGCCGGGGAACAUGGGAAUUGGCCAUGGCCUGGCAAGCCUGCUGGGGGCGCUUUUUGGGGAGCAUGCCUGUGCCCCAGUCUCGCCGUACGGGCAAGGUGCAAGCCUUCCUGACCAAGUCCUCAACUUGCGCUCGCUGUACCAGGGCCCGCCGCGCCAGCCCGCCUCGCGUCUUUGGAACCCCGUGAAUUCGUCUCCGCGUGCCCUCCAGAUCGAGAACCCCUCGCCGCCACCACCGCUCCAGCCGCCUGCAGCAGCGUCUGUAGCCGCAGUUGCACCACCACCCCAACCUGCCCCGCGCGAGGAGUACUACCCUAAUCUGCCCAUUGAGCGCGACUUUGGCGCCAGAGACCAAACCCGUGACGAGUAUCCUCUUCUGACCCUGCCUGAGCGCCGCCUCAGUCGUCACAGUCCGGUGCCGAGCUCUCUUGUUGUAGAACGUUCCACUGCCGAGGACAGUGUCUGCAUCAGUGGUCGCACCAGCAUCGGCCUCCCGCGCGACCGAAGGAGUCAGCCACCUACACCGCGCUUCGCAAUGGCUUCUACCCAGGAUGCCCGCGACAGUGCCUCGCCCGUCCAGCACAACGACAAGGACGUCGAGGCCGGUCGCAACCAGCAGUCGGCCGUGUCUCGCGUCUCCUUACCCACGUCGCAACGCUCCUCAAUGGGCUCCCACGAUGAUCAAGGGGACGACGACGACGGCGCAUCAGAGUUUCCCUGGGGCCCCUCGCAUCCGUGCUUCCCCCAUCCGAACCCACAUGUGCCACUUGACUCUGAGCUGUACAACACGACGCGCAUCAUCCGCAUAAAGCGCGACUGGAUGAUGAAGGGCGACCUCGCUCCUACCUUUGCCAAUCUCUACCCGGAGAUCUUGGACCCACUAAUCCUGGAAGACGACUUCCGCACACUUAUCAAACAUAUUAAUGACACGCUGAUUGCCGCCUUUGACCCCUUCACCUUCCGUGCCUGUCUCGACACCGUCAUGGGCGUUGCCACUUUUUGGCUAUGGGAGGAUGCGGGGCUGACAGGCGUAAAAAAGCAAUUAGUCGCACUGGAACGAUGGAUCGAGGAUUGGAAUCGGGACGUCGGUGUCAAGGAAGCCGUCAGGAUCAUUCCCCUGCGCCGGACAGGUUACUUGACUCUCGACAUUCAAAUACCUGAUCCUCACCUCGGCCCCGACACAGGCACGCGCCCUCAAACGCAAGAAGACCAAGUCAUCCUUGACCAGCACCACCAUCAAGGAGUACAAUACCUACCGUACCCCAUUACACCUACUCUACAGGUUAAUUCUCAACCCACAUCUCUCGGAGCGCAUUCAUAG